AAAAAAAUUCCUUGUCCUGUUAAGUUUGGCGGCGCCGCGACGGUGGGCGAAGACACCUCGAGGAAGGGCAAGGCUCAAUGCUACGACUUCGGGGCAUGCGCAAUAGCCAAGAAAGCGCUCAAUCGAACCCAAUAUUGAAGAAUGAUGAAAAUGACGAGAAUGUCGUGCCUGGUGACAACCGAUCGAACAGGCUGAAGAACAGAAGACCACCACUUCGAACUCUCAUCGCCCCGACAACGGCAAAGAACGACAGGAACACACUCAAGUCAAAGAAACGACCCCUGGAAGAAAACAACAAGAAGUCGGUCAGUCUAAAGCGCCGGGACUACAAAUCGUUGUCAGAUGAGGAAGAACAGCCUCAAUUUCAUAAGCAACCUCAGGAGUACCACCCAAAGUCCCUCGGAAUAACCUAUCUAAACGCAAGGCACAAGUCCAGUCCUGUCAAAGGAACUGCCGCAACCUCCACAGUUACAGUUCCGGUUGGUAAUCGCCAUUCCAGGCCAUUCCAUGACGGCUCAUUGUCGAAGUCCAUCCCGAUUUCCACGCUUGCGAGUGACGAGCUCUCUCUCGAUGGUAAUGAUAUGAUGCCAAGUUUGUUCUCGACAGGACGAGGGCAAUCCCUCCGAGUGUCUGUGGCAAAAGUGAUGGCAUAUCAAGCAGUGCUGGCGAGUGUUGAAUCCGAGGGGCCCGACGAACGAUCCAUGGGGCCUGCUGUCUCUGUGAUAGCAAGUUCAUCACUGUCCGCAGAAGACCCAAUUGUUUGUGCUCCUAGCGUUGUCGUGAGUAUGUUUCAGACUGGCCGAGGAUCCCAAGUCAAGAUUUCCGAUGCCAAAGUACGUGAAUAUGCCGCCAAAUUCGAAGACAACCAAGACAACAAUCCCUUGACACGAUCGCACAUGACACGAACUGGGGGUGGCGACGACUCGAUUUCCAGACAGAGUACUUCGUUGGCGCUUCAUCUCGAUGAACAAAGCCACGACCACCUUGUCUCCAAGCAAUCCACCGCAAAACAAACAUCAAGCGCAAAUGCUGUAGUCAGCUUGUUUCAAUCAGGCAAUGGACGAGCGAUACACGUUUCGGCAGACAAGGCCAUGGCGUAUGCACAAUCGUUGUUCGCUUCCCACGACGACGACACCACUGCCGUCACCAGUAUACCCCCCUCAAUGUCAUGCACAUCGACUGUACAACACGUUACCCAUCGCAAAUGGAGUUGUCGCGAUCGUGCCAUAUUACGUCCCCAUGACGAUCAAACGGUAGCAACUGGUUCCACGGGCGAAAAUACUUGCCAAGCUUUGGUUGAAAGUGUCUUUCAAUCGGGGACAGGUCGACCAUUGAAGAUAUCAUUGGAAAAAGCAAAGGCAUAUGAGCACCAGUUGUUUGCAAAUCCUCACGACGAAGACGUGGCCCAGAAGGCAACUGGUACGCCGAAUGCUGCAAACGCUGAGAUCAAGCUGCAACGUAAUGCCAACGAAGGCCAAGCCGAGACCCUCGACGUGCAUGGUUCGCGUGAUGGGGAUAACCUUCGACAGAUUUGGUCGACUUCCACACCAGAUUUUGCAAGCCGCGCUGGUCAACGUGGUGCCAGCAAUGAACUGGUCGUGAGCCUCUUCACCUCAGGGAAGGGCCAGCCUUUGAAAGUAGCACGCGACAAGGCCAUAUCCUACGAAAGAAGUCUGUUCGAAGACAAUGACGAGUCUCGAGAACCCAUCAAGAAGCCGGCAAUGCCUUUGCCACUUGCAGUGUCAGCCUCGGCACCUUCGACUGGACCCGUGAAACAGCACCUGUCAUCCGAGAACCAAGACAUCGCAAACGUGGACAAGUCCGCGGCCAGUUCACUGACGGCGAUGGCGACAACACAACCAAGGAUACAGCGAAAACAGUCCAUUGAGCAGCUCUCAAUCGUGACAAGUUUAUUCACGUCCGGUCGUGGUGGUCAGCCACAUACCAUAUCAGCGGAAAAAGUCCAAGUGUACGACCGCACAUUACUUGCAGACACAUCGAGUGAUGUCUGUCAAGAAAAACAGGACAGCAUCCCCUCCCAUGCGACCUCCGAGCAAGUCCACCAGCGCAACGUCCUUGUCAUCAACUCUGAUGUGGUGCCAGAUACACCGUCGCUCCAAGUCCCAGCGCAAUCCUUUGGUGGAAGAAUGCGGAUGACAAGUAUGUUUCAAACAGGAAGUGGCCGACACGUGGCAGUGUCUGUCGAUCAAGUGGAGAAGUACCAACGGCAACAGGACUUGGAUGAGGAUGGACGGUCUGCAACCGACAAAGUCGACGCGACAAUGGCCAAAGCAUUGACCGACGUUGUCACGACCAACUCCAGCUUUGUGGAGGAGGCCGUCAAGUGUCGGGAUGUUGACGGUAGAAGCGAAAAACGUGAUGGGAACAAUGAGGCCACGAGUUCCGACAAGAACAUUGCUUUAACGUGCGAUGGGAGUGCAAAAGGAUCAUCACAAGCGAUAAAGCUGACGGCUGUGGCGUGCGUGCUUGAAUCCGGGCGUUGCCAACGCGUGAAUGUUUCACAAGUGCCCGUGAGUACGUUGGAUGGCGCCGUGGACUCGCGAAAGAAUGUUAAUGACCAAAACACGGCGGCGCAUACACCUCAGGUGACCCCAACGGCAAGUGCAGGCCCCAUCCUCUGUCAGAUCCAUCAACCGGCUGAGUCAAGUGAAGCCCUGGUGAGCAUUGACACUGCUUCAACCAAACUCGACAACUCUUCGACCGUUCCAAGGUCUACGGCGCAUGGCAAACGACAUCCCCAGUCGGUUGUCGGUACUCGACGACCAAAACCAUUCAAGCCUCCGCAGAAGCUGAUCAAGUCACCUCCGUGUGUCGUUCCAGCCAUCGAAAGGUGCCUUCCACCCAAGGCGCCAGUUCCCGUUGUCGCAGUACCCUUUUCAGUGUCUCUCUCGGAACGGUGGGACUUUUCGUCGCUGGCGGCCAGCCCGACAGCGUUCAACCCGUACCCGUUCGAGUCGGUGAUUACCAAUAUUUGUGCAACCAAUGCACAUCUCGUGCACUUCAACCACGUGGGGCGACCCGAGUUUGUCCGCGAACAAGGUGACGGCAUGACGUUGAGCGCCGCCGAGUUGUACCAGUACAUGGUGUCGCAGCGCCACAUUCUUCCUGCGCUGGGGGCGUCUUUCGCGUGGUUUGUCAAUCACUUUCGAUGGAUCGUGCUAAAAUGCGCCGCCAUGGAACGCACGUUCGUCGCGCACUUGUUUGGCAAGUACUGCACCCAAGCACAAUUGGCAUUCCAGCUCUCGCGUCGCUUCCACCGCGAACUCGAGAAAGCUGAGCGCCCUGCCUUGAUGAAGAUCUAUCAACGAGAUGCGCACCCUGGACAUGCCAUUGUGCUGUUCGUCGCGGCGGUCUACGCAACUCACAUUGUACUGAGCGAUGGCUGGUACGGCAUCGUAGCCGUACCAAGUGGGAAACAGUUUGCAGCAAAAUUCUCCCGAAACCUCUGUGGCACGAAACUCGUGCUGUGGAAUGCCACCUUGAUCAACAAUUCGGAAGGGAUUCACCCGUUGGAAGCACGCGUCAACCAAGUAUCCGACGACGGCGACGAGCAUUUUUUCGAUCAGUUUGACAAGGAUAAGGACCCGUACUUGGCGCUGCAUAUCAACAGCACCAGGCGCGUGCGUUGGAGUACCAAGCUCGGGGUCGAACGUCCACAUUUUGACGGACCAUGCUUGCUUCAAAGUCUCCCCCUCCGUUCUUUGAAACAAGACGGCGGUGUCGUACGAUCCAUUCGGUGUGUCGUCCUCCGCGCGUCCGAGCUCUUGGUGCUUCAAUCCAAGGAGAUUACCCACGGUCCGCGCGUCGUCCCGGACAAAGUUAUGCAAAACUUAAUGUCGUCGGACUUCACGUCAGGUCCAUCGACGGAUACAACGAUCACGUCCGCCGCCAACGCCCCUGUUCCGUUCAUGCGAUUGCGAGUUGCAUGUUCACAUGGGGCGUGGUCGGCUCCUCCGGCAAACGCGCCGCCCGUCAUAACCACCGCCGUGUUGACGUUAUGGCGACCUUCCGAAGACAUGCAAACGUCGUGCAACGAAGGGUCAGAAAUCGUCGUCACCAGUGUCGCCGUGUCGUGGAAGCAGACGGAACUCUACUUGAGCAGCUCCAAGCACACCACAGUUCGACGGGCGAUCGAUCGCGCCCAGACUGCGCAGGAUUUCGUUGGCUACAAACCUCGCAAAGCGCUGACGGGCCAAGACAUUCAACACAUGUGUGGCCAAGACGUCGACAUUUGCGUGUACAUUAUGGAGGUCACGAACGAGUACGCCAUGGCGACCGACAGCACGUGGACGGUGAUGUGUGUGAAGCUUCCACGAUGGGGCGCCAAAGCUUGGAAGCCGAAAGCCGUGCUAUGUCUUCGAAAUGUGUUUGUCUCGCACUACGACCCCCGGCUGGACGUGGUUGACUGCGCGAUGACGGACAUGUCGACCUUUCUCACGUCCCCUUCAGCCACUUGCUACUUCGCCGCUCCGUUUGCUUUGUUGAAGGACUCGAUGCAGCAACAACCGACUCGACUGGGGCAACUCCAUUCCCGUGUGCGCUCUACGAUACUCAACGACCCAUCGACCGUCGAACAAGACCGAGCCCCACGUUCUCAAUUUGCCACCCCAACGCUCGACGAACGAGCUAGCCGAACAAACGAUGCCCAUUGCAUCACGGGACACCCCAUGCACAUUUUUUCGCUUCCUGAGCCCGUGAACGACAACGUGCAAGGGCCACUCGCCGCACUACUUUACUUGGACUCGGGAGCUCAAGUGUACGAGAUCUUCGUCCCCGCUCCACUCAUGACGCAAGCGGCCCACCAUGUCGCGGGUCAUGACUUGGUUUGCGUGCAUCUUCGUGUCGGUGGCAUCGAUGAUGAGACGGUCAACAGUUGCCGUAGUUGGGAAGCGAUGGAAACGUCCAAGGUGCGUCGUGUGGUGGCUACGAACAUUGCCGUCGUUGCGGUCCCUACCGAGAUCGAGGCACUUCUGCAGCGGCUCGCAUGAGUUUCCCGAACGACAUUGCUUCGACGUGCCUUCACCAACAAAUCAAACGACCAGAGUAUUUACCAGUUAUGCCGAUG